GCCGAUCUCCUCGUACUCCACAUCUCGCUCCCACACACCGACCCUCGGAUAUGGGCACCGAGUUUCCCACGUGCGUAAGGGCACAAUCCUAGCCAUGCAAGCGUGCGACCACUGUCAUGAGAGGAAGGUCCGAUGCGAUAAGCUUCUCCCAUGCCGACGAUGCAGCCUCAGUGGAUCGGAGUGUCGCUACACGGAUCGGACAAAAGCACGCACCUAUAGCCAGGCCCACGUAGACACGCUUGAACGCAGAAUCAAGCGCUUAGAAGUUCAGAAUAGGACUCUUGCGCAACAAAAUAGGGCGGAUCCAGUAUCCUCGACAGGACAAAAUUCUACCCCCAUUGUCCAAAGUAAUCACCCCAGGAACGACAGUGGCACUUCGCAGCAUCAUACAUCUACCGAUGUUGCGGGUGAAGUAUCAUACCUAUCGAUUAAUGCGUCCGGAGAAAGGAACUAUCUGGGAUCCUCAAGCGGCAUUCUACUCGCGAACUUCAUCAGAGCCAAUGUGGACGUUGAAACUUCAACGCGGUCCACAACACCACUUGCUGACGAUGAUGCUACAAACGCGACAGCUUCGGCUACUGAGUUUGCUCGCGACUUACCAUCCGAACAGAUAGCGAGAAGACUUGUACUAUCCUAUCUCAACCAUGACCACUUACGCUAUCCUGUGGUCCUCCCUGCUACUCUCGGAGCGAUGCUUUCGGAAACAUACAGCUCGAAUGCGACUUCCUUUACGCGCUCCGCAAGCGAAACCUUCAUUUUUGACAUGGUUCUUGCUAUCGCGACAGCCAGUAUCUGCCGGUCCGAUUGGCAAGGGCUACCAAGUGCCCAUACUCAUUACACACGGGCGAUGAAGCGAGCAUCGACAGUCUUGGAGAAAGGCGGACUCGGUGCACUUCAGGCAGUUAUCCUCUUGACUCAGUAUCGCAUGAGCAGUUCCAUGCAAGACACCUCAGCCAGCAUGUGGCAUUUGGUAGGAGUGGGGAGCAGAAUUGCUCUAGAACUCGGUCUUCACUGUGAAACUGCAUAUCCUUAUAAACCAUCGGAUGGUUCUAAUUCAGUCCCGAGUGUCAAUCUUGUCCAGCAGGAAGUUUCCAGGCUUUGCUUUUGGAGCAUUGUGGCCAUGGACAGAAUAGUCAGCAAUAUACUAGGCAGACCCCUCGCGAUUCGCAAUGACGACGUGGACACGGCACUACCAUCUGACCUAUGCGACGAGAUCCUGCUUUCUGGUGUCGAGACGCCCAUGGCCGAGCACCUAGUCAAAUGCCGCCGCAUUGCGAUCUUUGUUCAGAUCAUCAGGUAUCGCCUACUAUGUGGUGACAUCAUCGAGACUCUGCACAAUCAACGUCGAAAAGACCAGUCACAUGAUGAGCUCCGCCACCGCAGAGAUCAAUUCGUAGCCGACCUUAAUGUUUGGCGGCUGAAUGCCAAAGGAGUCGCUCUUUCGGGCUCUGUGGACGACGCGAGGUCUUCAUCCUGCUUCACAUCCUCUAUCUGGUUUGAGAUGAUAUAUCAUAACGCAGUGCUAAUGCUUCAUCGGCCAUCCCCGACAUUGGACACAUCAAGAGACUCAGCCGCCGUACAAGCGAUCUUCACCUCGUCUAAAGCUUCCAUAUCCUCGUAUGCCAGUCUCCAUCGUAUUGGGCUCUUGAAUCACAGUUGGCUUUCACUGCAAGCUUUGUUCAUGGCAGGCUUGUCAUAUGUGUACGCUGUAACGAUGCACUACCAAGCCAGCCGUCGACAGCAGGGUCACCAACCAAGCGGGCUGCUGAUCAAGAACCCAAGCACCAUGGAAGUGAUCAGCGACACACGAACGUGCUCAAACGUCCUUGUAGCGGUCUCGGAAAGAUGGAAGUCGUUACAACGCUGCGUUGAUGUCUUCAACAGGCUGAGUGAUGCUAUCCUGAUUGACGUCAUUAAAUUCAGUACACAGCCUGUCGCCGCCACCCAUUCCUCUACCAACAACACAGAAGACGGCGACCAGCAGUACAGCGACAGGUCUGAUCCCGCGGUCGAUACACACUCGAACGGGUUGGUUCAGCCUCAAUGGAACCAUGCAACAUAUCUUCCGCCUGAGGGAACCGAUCAAAUGGUGUCCAACCUAUCACCACUGGCUAUCGAGAAUGAAUUCAAGGGCUCGGCAUUUGAUCUGCAACAAAUGUACGACCUACAGCAAGUCGAUAUGUCUGUAUAUCGAUUUUCUCAGGCUUGGUUCGACAGCGUCGAUCUGUACGGUGGUAUGGGGCCGCAGCUUAACGACAUGACAAUGAAUACACAUCUUUGAUGUUGGCAUGCUUUCACCGCUGCCAAAUCUAGCUUCAAUCGAGGCUGCCCGCUCUUGCGCGCAUCGAAGCAAUUGACUGACAGUUUUGUGAGUGCCGAAAGUCGGUCGUAACAAUGAAUCGGGGUAUCGACACCACAUUCGUAACGGGCCUGUCACGUUUGCGUCUCUCGGAAGAUCCGUUUGCUGCAGGAUAGUCAAAUGGGCGCUCUUCGGUGUGGGCAC